AUGAGUGCUAUGUGGAAUGGAGGCGAGAAGCUGCGCGUUAAAGCUGACGAAUCACACGAUCAAUUCUCGUUUUCUUAUUACCUCCAGCAGUAUUCAAUGGAUGUAGGCAGAUUUAACGAGCUUCCUUCGUGGCUAAACACACUUCGAAUGAUUGUUUUCCCAUUUUAUCUGAUUUUAGAUUCAACCGGUGUUUUAUUAACGAAUGACUUCAGUUCACAAUUUUUCAACACAAUCAUUACAAUACUUAAAAGAUGCAUUGUCAUCUUACCGCUAAAUGCAUCUAUUAAUACACUUGUAACAUUCAAUUUUUCUCUAAUUAUUAUUUACGCCGCACUUAUGUAUUUACUAUUUAAGAACAUCCUCAAGUAUAGAAGUGGCAACGUACCGAGCAGAAGUGAUAUCUACUCCUGGAUUUUAAAUUCAAGAAUCCUUUGCCCCAUUCUUUCAUCAUAUAUCUCAUAUUACUUCUCGAAAUACUUAUUUGCGAUAGUUGGUGAAUAUACAAUGAAUGAGUUAUACAAUUUAAUGAUUUCUAUUCCAAUUAUCAUAAUGCAUAGUACAUACGUUUUCUAUUCAUGCGCAAUAUACAAUGCUACACCUUUGAUUAGACCAAAUGAUAUCACACAACUCUGGUAUGCUCAUUCCUGCUUAGAUCGAAGAAUUAAUAUGGUUCUUUACGUUUUAAUGUUCUUCCAAUCACUUCUUACUUUCUUCUCAAGUCCAAUCAAGGAAAUUGCGCAUUUUGUUUUUAUUUUUGCUCUUGCAUCUUUUUUUGCUUUUAAUGUUUUGAGAAUUUUACCUGCAGUAGCUCCAAAAUACAAUGCAGUCAUCAUAUGGGCUGCUUUAGCUUCACUUCCUCUUACUCUCUUCCCUUUAGUCUCUUAUUACACUGAGAAAUACGCUUUGUAUUAUUUUAUUGGUUGCAUCAUCUUUAUACCUAUAGCAUAUUUCAUUGCGAAGAAGCUUGUGACUAUUAGAUGCAGAAGGAUCAUAGAUGCUUUCACGGGGAUGAGGGAAUCAGAAGAUGAAGAAGGAGAAGAUAAUAAUUUGGAUCCUCUUUCAGCAGCUAUACUUCAUUUGAAUCAGAACACGAAUGUUGACUUCUUGAAGCUCAAUAUAUCAGGAGAGCAUCAGAUCUCUCUUUACUUGAGAGUUGGAUUUUUAUUUCAUAUCCCUGAAGUAGAAGACCAAAGUUUCAUUAAAUGGUCGAUUGAUCAAACAGUUAAAGCAGAUUUAUUGUUAAGCGCUUGCCAGAUCUCUUAUGCAUUGAAAAAUGACUUUCGAAUGCUUAAUAGUUUAUCUGUUCACGUUGAUAAACUUUCAUCUGGUCCAUUUAAUAGUAGAUCAUUUGCUCUUUUGUUUGAUCUAUUAAGACAAGAAUCUUUGACUCAAUUAAACCAGCCAUUAUUGUCAAACAUCCAACAUUGCAAGCAUGAAAGCUAUACAUUGCAAAAUUUCUGUUCAGAGUUCUGGGGCAAUGUCAUUAAACAAAGAAUACAAUGCAUGAAUGACGUAAUUCCUCAAAUUUCAAAUGAAUUUACAAGAACAGAGAACUUAUUCCAGAACUUGAUAAGGAAUUAUCCAUUAUCAUCAACAGCAUAUAGAGAAACAGUCAUUAUUUACCAUAAAGUUCUUGGAAAUCAUGAAAAAACGUUGGAAUUACAAGCAAAGCUCAACAAAAUCAAGAAAAUAGGUGAUGUAGAAAGUGAGAGAUCAUCAUCAAGCGAACUAGAAGAAAUAGAUCGUAAUUUUCAAGAACAAAUGGAUCCUUGGCUGUCUGCACAAGCAAUUAUAAAGAAUAUCCCAUCAAGAGCAAGAAGACUUGUUAUAUUUACCACAGUUAUCAUGAUAUUUAUCAUAGCUGCGAUGCCUUUGAUUCAAUUAAUAAUUUCUUUGUUCAAAGUCAAAGGAUUCCUCAAGUUAACAUUACCAAUACAAAUUAUUGGUAGUAUACAGAUGCAAGUUAGUCGUAUUCCUCAACUUAUUCGAAGAAUCUCGUUAUAUCAAAAUAAUGAGAUCAAAAAAUUCGAUGUUGGGCCAGUAGCUGGACAUUUGGUCGAGUUUAGUGAUGAGAACUCAACGAGGUAUUAUUUGGACCAAUAUAUAAAUAAUUUCUCGAAAAAUAUUUCGGGAUACUUAGAUUCUUGUACAGAUGAUGAUAUUCCUUAUGAGGUAUGUGCAAAUAGCUCCCAUAGGAUUAUAUCAGGCGGUGUUGAGUCGAAUUCGACUUUAUAUAAUAUGUUAUCAAGUUAUUUGUUGGCAGCAUCCAAUUUGAAGGACAAAAACAAUUUCAGUCCAAUGGAUGACAACGCCAACCUUGAAUUUUUAUUCCAAAACUUUGAUGCAGUUGUAUCUGGAGUUACAUCAGCUUUAGGUUACUUGAACGCACACAUUAUCUCUUUUUAUGCAGAAUUCCAAAGAUUAUGCGAUAUCUACUAUUUCAUAACAAUUAUAAUUCCAAUUGUUUUUAUUGUUCCUCUUACAGGGCUAACGAUCAUUGUUGCGAAGAAAGAAAUCAAAGCAACAUUGAGAUUGUUCUUCGGAAUUCCUAAAAACGAAAUUGCGGCCCUCAGAUGGAAUAUUAAAGGGAAAUACGGAAAAGGAACAAUAAAAAGAGAAGAAAUAACACCAGAUGAAGCAUCUCAAGAAGGUGCAGAUCUAAGGAAAGAUGAACUUCUUGAGAAUUUAGCUCUUGUUCCGAGAUAUCAACAUGGAAUCUAUAUAGAUUGGCUCGGCUGCUGCACAAUUUUUGUUACAUUUUCAAUAUUAAUGAGUUAUACAGGCAUCUGCGUAUUCCAUGCCUCAAUGAGACAGAUUAUUCAGAUGGCAAACGCUUAUACGUACUCAAUUACUGUGUUUUCACAUGCAUCAACAUGUUACGUGUGGGCACAGGAAUAUUUCUCGAAGAAUCCUGUGAUAAACAAUCGAACAAAUAUUGGAAGAUUGUCGUUAAAUUACAUUCGCAAGUUCCAGCAAAGGUUUUAUACGUUGUUAUAUGGAUCUACUAACCUUGAUUCAUUACCUGGAUUGAUUUUGGGAACUGAUAUCAAUGAUAAUUAUAUGAAAUCCCAAAAUAUCGAUACAAAAGUGACGAUAAAAGACCCUGUGUAUGGUAUUAUGCAUGAUGUGUACUACAGUUUGUCAUGUGAAGCGCAAGUAUCGCUGUUUAAUACAAUGUCUCUUUGGAUUUUAGAUACAGAUUAUAAUUUGAGUUUAUCUUACGAUGAUGAGUACACAUAUCACUUUGAACAUAUAUUAUUUGGCCAUAUAAUACCAUAUCUCAACAAAGGAAUGGACAUUUUCAGUGCAAAAGUCAAUGAAUUAAAUGUUUCAAAGACAAAUGACUUAUUGAUUGUCUAUAUCCUUUUGUUUGUUAUGCAGCUGAUAUUUGUUUCUAUUUUCGUCUUCUUUUCCGUUAGAACUUUAAUUCAUCAUAUUAUGACACCAAGAAGACUUCUUCAGCUUGUUCCUCCAGAGUGUUUGAUGAAAUCUCCAGCAAUUGUUAAAUGGUUUUCAGGAAAUUCCGCGAUUUCUGAAAAAUAUCUUCAAGGAAACAAAGCAGCAAUGAAUAAUGAGUCAGUAGAGUUUGCUUGUGACUCAUGUGAUUCAUGUGGUGUUGCUUUAUGCGAUGAAUUCCUCGAAAUCAACAAUUGCAAUGCAACAUUUUUGAAAAUGGCCAAAUACACUGAUCCAAACAAUGAUUUAGAGAGUGUAAGGCAAGUACUGAUGCGUAUUCUUGUUGAUAAAGACAAAAUUGCAUCAAUACAAAGACUAGAACGUUCUGCCAAAAAAAUGUCCGCAGGAGUUUCUAAAAAUUCCACUUUUUCUUUUGAAUCAUCGAUUGCAACUGAUUACGGCAAACUUAAGAAUGUUGUAGUUACUCUCCACGCGUGUACUGAUGGUGACGAAGAUGAUUUAAUGCAAUCCAUGACUAAUAUACAAAACUUUGCAAUUGUUAUAAAAGAAAACACACAAAUACAUAUGUUAGAAGAGACAAUUGCAAAAGAAAAAGAGAAAUCGGAGAAACUGAUGUUGCAAAUAAUGCCACAAUCAAUCAGACAGAAACAGAAUGAAGUAAUGGAUGCAUGUUUCCAAGCAGAUAUUGCAUCAGUAAUUGUAGGACAUGUAAAUACUGAUGCUGAAGGAGAAGAAUUAGUGAAAUUUGUUUCUUCUGCUUUCAAUGCAUUCGAUGGAGCAAUGGAUGGUGAUACAUUCAAGAUAAGAACAUGUGGAAUGUAUUAUAUCUGUAUUUGUGGUUUGUUUUCGAAACCAAAUUCUCAGAAAACAAAUGCAGUUGAAGUUGCUUUGAAAAUGAUUUUGAUGGCACAGAAAAACAUUGAUUCAAGUCUUGGAAGUGUUUCUAUUGGAAUUCACUCCGGAGUUGUGAAAUGUGGAAUGGUUGGACAGUCAUUCCCUGUGUUCGAUGUACUUGGUGAUACAUCACAAGGAGCAAUGAAACUCUGUGACACUUGUCCUCCUUGGUUAAUUCACGUGAGUGAGAGAACUUACAACGAAAUCAAGUACAUGAAGUAUUAUAUUAAGGAAAUAGGAAGCGGUGAUGAAAGAAAUAAGACUUAUUUAGUAUCCAAUACUGGCUUUUCUAAUUGA